AUUCCUUCAUCUAUUAGUAUGUUGAGGAAUGUCAAGGAGCUAGAUCUUUCACACAAUAAUUUAUCCGGUCAGAUUCCGGAGUUUUUUGAGGCACUUUACUCUUUGGAGAUCCUGAAUUUGUCGUACAAUAACUUUGAUGGCAUGUUAUUAACUAGAGGAAUAUUUAAUAAUGUCAGCGCUACUUUUAUCUUUGGAAACGACAAGCUUUGCGGAGGAAUGCCCGAAUUUCAUCUCCCGAAAUGCAGCUCUAGAAACUCAGGCCGAAGACUAAUCCCUAAGUGGAAGCUCGCCAUCUCGAUUUUCUUCGGGGUUCUUGGAAUAACUCUUGUUCUUGCUCUUAUGUACUUUGGUUGGUUGAAGAUGAAGAAAAGGACAGAACCAGCUUCAAGUUCCAAAGAUGAUUCAUCACUGAAUCUAUCUUACAGAAUUCUUUUUAAAGCAACCAGUGGGUUUUCUUCAACUAACUUGAUUGGGGUUGGCGCCUUUGGAUCUGUUUACAAGGGAGUCCUCGAUGAAAAUGGAGCUGUCAUUGCUGUGAAGGCACUUAAUUUGACGCUUCAUGGUACUGUGAAGAGCUUCAUAUCCGAGUGUGAGGCUUUAAGGAAUGUCCGACACCGUAAUCUUUUGAAAGUCCUAACAGUAUGCUCGGGCACUGAUUACAGGGGCAAUGAGUUUAAGGCCUUGGUUUAUGAGUUCAUGGUCAAUGGUAGCCUUGAAGAUUGGCUACAUCCAAGUCCAUCAUCAGCUAAUGUAGAUGGGAGUGCGCAUAAAUUGAGUCUCAUCCAGAGGAUAAAUAUUUCCAUCGAUGUUGCUUCAGCAUUAGAUUAUCUUCAUAACCACCUUCAAAACCCUGUUAUCCAUUGUGAUCUGAAGCCAAGUAACGUCCUGCUAGAUGGUGAAAUGGUUGGACAUGUUGGAGACUUUGGUUUGGCGAAGGUCGUGAAUGAAUCGACCCACAACACUAAAGCUAAAAUGAGCUCUGCGGGUGUAAGAGGAACUGUGGGCUAUGCUGCUCCAGAAUACGGAAUGGAAAGCAUUGUUUUAAGAGAAGGCUAUGUUUAUAGUUAUGGCAUUCUCUUGCUUGAGAUGUUCACAGGCAUGAGUCCAACAAAUGAAAUGUUCAGAGAAAAUUUUAACCUUCAUAAGUUCGUUGAGGAAGCCUUGCCUGAACAACUCCUAGAGAUUACCGAUCCUCUUCUACUUCAAGAAAUGGAGAGCCAUAUAGGCACUGGCCGAGGUAAUGCAGCUCGCGAAUGUCUGGAGAUGGUCUAUAGAAUCGGGGUUGCCUGCUCAGUCCAAGCACGCAGAGAGCGCACGAACAUUGCGAUAGUCGCAGCUCAGCUGCAUUUUAUCGGGGAUAAACUUCAUGCAGCCGGUUUACAAGGAUAGGUAAUGUACAAGAUAAAUGGCUUUUGUGCUUUUUAUUUUCCCUUGAACGACCAGAUCAUUGCCAUAUAUGCACCGAUAAGCACGCAUUCAUGUGCC